CCUACCGUCCUUCAGUCACAGAACGAAGUCUGGGCCGUACACGGCAACACUGUUUUUUUCUUAGUUCGUUCAGGUUGACAAUUAUCCCCGUGCGAUUUACUAUACCCGACUGAUACGAUCUGGCCAAGGCACGUCACAGCGCACACACAAGGAAAAUCACCUGCUAUGAUUCCUCAACACAAAUCACGUCUGAUGAUCUCUCGAUUUCAGCGUAUGCACAUUUGGUUAUGGGCUUUGACAUUUCAGCUGGCAAUAGUUCCUACUUGGCAGACAAUGAACGUUCCCGGGUUUAUAGGAUGUUACACGGAUUGCAACAGGUUUGUCGCGUGUACUUUUCGUGCGCUCUCUAUUGGAGAGAUAAAAAGUGAGGACCAAUCAAGUGAGAGGUGCUUCAAACACUGUCUGAAAGUAACAUCGGAUAGCUACAGGUACGCCGGACUGGAAAAUGGAGAUGAAUGUUUCUGUGGAAAUAGCAUCAAUGAUCAAGCUAAGAAAACGCAAGACUCCGAGUGCACGACUACGUGCAAGGGAGACGGCAACCAGAUCUGUGGGGACUCACACCGCAUCUCAUUGUAUGAAAUAUCCCAAGGCGUGUGCAGUAAUGACAUUGGACCACCGACCAACGGAGACCACACCAUCAACAACCCACGUUCACUGGAUUACAAUCUCAACAACUUCAAGUUCUUCAGGACUCGUGUGGAUUUCUCCUGUGACGUUGGAUAUACUCUUCAUGGAGCCUCGUUCAUUGAAUGCAUAGACACGGGCUUCAACAACGUCACAUGGAGUGACUCGGUACCAACCUGUAUGAUCAAUUCGUCGUCAGCAGAUCCACCGUCAAGCACAGAAGCUGAAAGGAAUCAUAAGACAACUUCCGAAGGCCAGGUCAACGAAAUCGGCGGACGUAAAAGGCAGUUACAAACAGGUACGAUAGUCGGCAUUGCAGUUGGGGUAACAGCACUGAUUAUUCUUUUGGCAGUUGUCGUGGGUGUAUGUCAAUGGAAGAAAAGAGCUAAGAGAGAAACCAGAAGUGUAGAUAAUGUUGCCAUGGCAACAGUGGAAUCCACUUUUACGAAUGUGUCCUAUGAACAACCGGAAGUAGGGCAGCCCAGCACAGCCCUUGCCAUGUCAACCCCGCCCAUGUACAGCCAAGUCGCAAAGAAGCCGCCAGCUGGCGGUGAGGUGUACGCGACAGCUGAUGACGUUACUACCCCAGGGAGCAUGCCAUGCUAUCAAGUUGCCGUUCUCUCUCAUGAUGAUGAGGAGACAGGAUGGGUUGAGAAUACAGUAUAUGGGUGUGAAUCAUUUCCAAUUGAGCUUCCAAACAAUCCGCUAACAAUGGAAAAAAAACCUAACUAGAUCAAAACCUGCACUGUGUUCGAUAGUACCGGUAUAUCAUUCAAGACAUCCUUUUCUAUCUUCACCAUUAACAUCAAGUUCCUGCAACCCAAUGAGUUGGAAUAUAUACAUUUCCUUGACUAGAUUAUUUCUGGCAAGAACUUAUGGCCUGAAAUUUGAUGUGUGAAAAAGUGGCAUUGGCGUUACACGUCAAGACGGCAUAGAUAAAUAAUAAUUCGCUUUAAUUUGCAAAGGUACGGGCAUCUGCCGCCACUUUUUGCGCAAUGACAUAACGCGCUGAAGUAAUUUAGCCUAACAAUUUCACUCGUGAUAUUUCCCAUACGUAUAGUUUAUACAUUGUAUGGACAACGUAAAUAACGGUGGUGUGUAUACAGUUCUGAAGUGUUAACAAAACUCUUUCUCAAUAACGAUCGUAUACAGGAGAUCCGCUUUCAAUAAUGUGAACAGCAUCAAUCUAUGGGGAAAAAAGAAAUGAUGUGCUGUAUUGUAUGCUAAUUGUACCUUAUUCAAUCACUGUCGGCUCCCAACAGGUUUCUAAAACACAACGCUGACAGUGCAAAAAGCUAGCGGAUGAAAUGAAAGCUUGUUCAUUUACUUCCUCAAAUUAAAGGGAACACUUUGUCAAUUCAAUACCGUCUGCAACAAACGUUCAUUUCCUUACGACUGCAGUGUGGAAUGGCAUGUUAAAUGUAAAAUACUGAACAUGUAAUCAAGACGUUAUACGCAUUUACAGUCGUAAUUGAAUUAUAAUUAUUACGUAACAUCAAUCUGGGCUUGUUAAAGUAAAUACCUGGAAUGAACUGCACUUAAAGUGUUACAACAGGGAAGUAUAACGUUCUAAUAGAGAAGUACGACUUGCUAAUGCAAUUUCAAUUCUAAUACAUGUCUUAAUAAACACACCAACGAAAUCUGAGGUCUGCCAUUCAGUUUCAUUUUCUGUUUCUCAAUAUUAGCCCCCGCCGUGAAUAAAAUCAUGCUGACAUUGGGAAGUUGGGGACUGUGAGGGUAUACAGUUGAUUUUGUUUCUGGUUAUUGGCGACUGCUUUUUACGAUGUCCUGUUGUAAAAUCUUGAUAAACACGACUAGAGUAUUAUCCUCGUUCCCUUUUCAUUCUCAUAUUUUGAUUGAUUUAUAACACCAAUGAAUUGAAUUUUUUAUCGGUUUAUAGUAACCAUUUUUGAUAGGUAACCCCCCCCAUCCAGGCACUUGAACUUCGGUACCCACUUUUGCGCAAGUGCAAAAGCACGCAAGCACUAAAGGAAACCGAAUCAAAUUCGACAGAGAGUGAAGCCAAAACGUCCGUUUCAUGCAGUAUCACGCAUGAGACGAACAGUCAAACGAAGCACUACGGGGAAGCACAUGAAUUAUUUCCGACAGUCAUUCUCAAGGAAUAGUAACCAUGUCUCCUUUGAAGUCUAGCCCGAGUGGUGGAUGGCCAUGCGGCCGCGUGCUUGAGUUUACUUUGAUUACAACAAUUUGUCGACUUGUAUUAGUCCUCUCGCAGCCGCAGAACGCUCCUGGGUAUUUGGGGUGCUUCGGGGACUGUGUGGGUGUUUUCUGUUCUCGUGCAUUGCCGAUAGGACCAAAAGACAGCGACCUUCAAUCCAGUGAAUGGUGCUUCAGACACUGUCUGGAUGUCGAACCCGUCAUCUACAAGUACGCUGGACUGGAAUAUGAGUAUGAAUGUUUCUGUGGAAAUAACGAAGACUACGACAAAUUCGGGAAGAAACCGGAGUCUGAUUGUCAAGACAGGUGUAAGGGAAACACUGACCAGAUCUGUGGAGACUCGGACCGGAUAUCUAUAUACAGAAUAUCGCAGAGCGUGUGUAAUAAUGACAUUGGGCCACCGACCAACGGAGACCACACCAUCACCAAUCCACGUUCACUGUCGUACAAUCUCAACGACUUCAAGUUGUUCGGGACUCGUGUGGAUUUCUCCUGUGACGUUGGAUAUACUCUUCAUGGAGCCUCGUCCAUUGAAUGCAUAGACACGGGCUACAACAACGUCACGUGGAGUGAUUUCGCACCGACCUGUCAGGCCCCAACGACGACAAAGCCAAUGACAACACUACCAACCACUUCAGUGUACUUGACAUCCAACAGAACUACCCCAUCGAACACCGAGACCAAUCUGCCGAGUUACACCACGGACGAGGGAGCAAGAGACGACAACCAGACAACAGGGCAGCUCAUAACAGGUACAGCUGUGAGCAAGUCACCAUCACAUGCUUCUUCUUCGACUUGGUCUGGCACAAGGGCUCCUUCGCACGGGACUAACAAUCCAAUGGCAGCACAAUUACAAACAGGUACAGUAGUUGGAGUAGUGAUCGGAGCUUUGCUAGCCCUAGCUACUCUCGUGGCAUCAGCGGUUUUUGUGUGGAGAAACAGAUUCAGAAAGACACGAGAAAUGAACACUUCAGAUAUUGCCAUGGAUACAGCCGUUUCCACAUACGCAAACCACACGUACACAAACCAUCUGGCCGCAGAUACUUACACCAGCGAGCCCAAUCAAGGUGAUGCUCCGCCCGUGUACAGCGAAGUUGUUAAGGAAAGAUAUGCCGAGGAGGACGCCAUAUUUUCGGACUCAUCGGACCGAGAUACCGGGUGGGUUGACAACGUAGUUUACGUGUGUGAAUCAUAUCCAGAAGAAAUCGAUAAACGCAGUGACAAUGACGGACAAACAGACCACCCACCGGCAUUAACAAUGAAAGGAAAGCCAGGAUGGGUAGAAAAUAUCAUCUAUGAAUAAAAUAUAACGACUCACAAGCACUACAAAGAUUACGUGUAGCCCAUGUCUUUAAAAGCAAGCCAGGGGAAAGUCCGUUUCUCUACCAAAGUGUGAUGACCAAAGUUCUUGCUUUUGUGUGGGUGACGUCCAAUCUUGUGUUGGCGAUAACCUUUAAUAUUAUACACUCCAAAUCUUAUUUGUUCACAUAUUUUUAUGUGUACUUUUUGCUGGAAAAUUACAUGUAUCAUGCACUGCAUACAGACGUGACGUGAACAGCACUCACUGGUCUCCCGGCAGCAAAAUAACCAGUCAAGAAUGAUUUCUAUGUUAAAUCUUCUGUUGUUUAAGCAACCAGGGCCACGUCUAUGUGACAUGUAAAGAUUCAAGUAAACAUCUAGUCUGCAAACACAUCAUAUAGGCCUAAUUAUUGUUGUUAAGAAUAACAACUAUUGCUUCAACAGCUGGUAGUGUUUCCGUUCUGAAAGAGCAACAACUGAGCAAAACAGGAACUUUCUUUUCCAUUACAAAAAAAAAAAUUGCUCUGACUUACACGCGGAAAUUCCCUAAAAACCGUGACCACGUCAAAAGGUAGCUCCAUGUACACACUUUACUUCUGUGAAUUUUGUCAGAAUUCCAGAUCAUUAAUCUUUUGCUGUUGCAUUGACAGGUCUGGUACGUAUCUGAGAUAAAAAUCAACUACAGCGUCUGUGGGGAUAUGUACUCUCUUUAACAUUUAAACAAGGAUAUUUUUGUCAUGCUGCUUAAAGUAAACACUUAAGCCGUGCAAACCAAGCAGUUCUGUUGUAUAUCAAUAUCAAUAUUUGCUCUUCGAAUCUUUGCUGCUUGGCUUGUAUAUGUAUAUACACUCAAGCUUAAGAAGCUUAGACAUGAAUGUUGUUUGAAAUACAUGUAUGAUUCUGUAGAGAUGAUGGUAUCGAUUACAGUUUUGAUUUUUCGUUUAAAUCACAAUAUUGUUGGAUUUGGUAUAUGAGGUGUUCAAUAUGUGACGACUGAUUUUAUCAAACGUUUCAGCCUGCAGGCAGGCAUUGUACUGGCACUACAGCGUCUUAGGUGUGUUUGAGACCAUGAUCAAAGGUGGGGAACUUCACCGUGAAUGCGCGUAAAAAGUUGUUGUCACAUGGGCGCCAUUCAGGUGAUAACACCUUUAUGGCCGAAUUACCCAUCUUGCGCCGCUAUGCGGCGCUAUAUAAUCUUUGAUCAUGAUGCUGUCCUAUAUUGUUAGUGCUGCUAACAUUACUGUAUACGUGUAUAUAGGGAGCCUUUGUGUGACGUCAGACAGUUCGCCGUAAUGUUGACAGGGUCGCUUAUGCAGGGAGUACACGGGAGAGCGGGUUAUAGCGUUAGGUUUAAGUGCGUUUGGUUUCCAGUCCAUACUCGCUCUCGCAGGCUUUCUCCGGGUACUCCAGUCUCCUUCUGCCUCUAAAACUGGACCGUUUUCCUAACUCCGUUAUACUCCGUUUAAUGAAUAAAGGCUUUGAAGCGUAUAUAGAUGUUGACACAAAUAACCUAAGUAGCUGAAAGCGCCAUUAAAACAUUAAAACAAACCAACAAACCAACAAACCAACAAACCAACAGGAGGGAGCUAGUACAGGGUACUCACGUGGCUCUCUUCAAGGAUCACAACUAUACAUUCUUUUCCUCGUUUACAUAUACAUGUACAAUAGACAUGUUGAACGCAAAUCAUUCUAAAACCCAGGAUCCAAAUGUAAAAAAAAAAUAUCACAGAUGCAGUUUAAAUAUUAAAAGGAAAUUGGCGAGUAGAAAAGCAGUCGUCAGUAAACCGGACAAGAGUGGGACGAAUCGGAACACGACAUUUUUGCCCAGAAGUUGAAGUGUCACCUGUACACCCACGUAGUUCGACAUGCCCAUCCAUGGUCUCACUGUUAUAAACAGUCCCAACAGUCCUCAAUUCUCCGCUUUUAAGAUAGGAUUUUCCACACACCCUCGGGUGUUAUAGUCCUGUUAUCAUCAGCAAAGCAGUUCCUUCACAUGCCUUCCAACCGACUAACCCAGUUUUAUGUGUAGUCCUACCUGAGCUAGAGCAAAAUGCAGUGUACUUACCG